GCUUUUCUGCUACUCAGUAGAACCGGAAGAGUGUCAACGAGAUCGUCGUCGUAUGCCUCCCGCCGGCGGGACCACCGGCGAAUCAUACCCUCCGAUCGAUCUCGUUCGCGCGCGAACCGACGCCGAGAUAUCGAGGUGCCGAUACCGAGCACCGCCGCCAGUCAUGGUGGAUCGAAGGAACUGUCAUCGGGCGCAGAAAUAGAUUCUGCACCGUUACUAGUGCGCGACACGGGGAAGAAGAGAAAGUAAGCGUUAUUACGAGGCGGCGUGCAGCUGCUAUCGAGUUUCGCGCAACUUAUACGCGCUACACGGAUUGUUGCGAGCGACGAUUACGUAUUAGGUGGAAUUUAGAAAAUAGCACGACCGGACUUUUUCUCCGCUGGAAAAUUCCGCGGUGCGAGCUCCCGCCGUGAAACCGUGGGAGAACGACAAGAAUGGCGAAGAACCAACAUCAGAACGGUGUAAUACCCGGAGGUGGCACAAUGAGCGGGCCGGACGAUUUUUCGGACGGUGAAUGCACUCCUCUGACUCAAGACUAUGGCGGAAGCCAACGCACCGUCGUCGAGACGAAGGGUUGGGACGUGUUCCGGAAUCCACCGCCCAAGAUCGACUCCGGCUCCAUGGCGAAUCAGACGUGCCUGGAGAGGAUGGUGCAGGUGACCAAAGUUCUCGUCUACUUGUUCGUCUUCAUCAUAGUGCUGGGAAGCGGCGUGGUCGCCAAAGGAACGAUUCUCUUCAUGACGUCGCAGCUCCGACAGGGCAGAAGUAUCUAUUACUGCAAUAAAGAUAUAAAUCGGGAGAAUCAGUACGUGGUAGUGCUGCCUGAGGAGGAGAGGAUCGCGUGGAUCUGGUGUAUAAUAAUCGCCUUCGCGGUGCCCGAGUUCGGCACGCUGGUCCGCAGCAUCCGCAUGUGCAUAUUCAAGUCGUGGAAGAAGCCGCAGUCCUCGCACUUUCUCCUGGUCUUCCUCAUGGAGACGUUCCACGUCGUCGGACUGGCUCUGAUGUUCCUGGCGGUGCUGCCUGAGCUGGACGUCGUCAAAGGGGCGAUGCUGACUAACUGCGUGUGCUUCGUUCCCGGAUUGCUAGGCCUACUUUCCCGCAACAAAAGCAAAGACGAGUCCAAACGAUUCGUCCUCGUUCUGGUCGACAUCGCCGCUCUGGCCGCUCAGGCGACCAGCUUCUUCCUGUGGCCGCUCUUGGACAGCUCCAGGCGAUCCCUAUGGCUGAUCCCGGUGGCGUUGUUCCUCGUCUCUUGCGGCUGGUGGGAGAAUUACGUCUCCACGCAAAGUCGGAUCGGUCUAAUCAGGUCACUCGGAAGAGUGAAGAAGGAGAUAAGACUGACGCGAUACUUCACCUACAUGCUAGUGUCGGUGUGGAAGAUUGUGGCGUUCUUCAUCAGUACGAUAAUGAUACUGUACUUGAAGGGGGAUGACGUGGGCCAUCUGUUUACCAUGCUGGGCAGCGCUUUCAGCGAGCACAAACUCACCCUGACACCCAUUAAAUCCUCCACUUCCGGUACCUCGCCGGAUCUCACGGAGAUUCUAAUCGCAGGCGGGGAUGCCACCGAAACCAUUACCUCCGACUUCAAAACGCCGAUCUACGUGCUCCUGCUGCAGAUCUUCGGUGCAUACUUCGCCUACAUCUUCGGCAAGUUCGCAUGCAAGAUCUUGAUCCAAGGCUUCAGCUACGCCUUCCCGGUGAACCUUACCAUACCGGUCUCGAUCUCGCUGCUGAUCGCCGCGUGCGGCCUCCGCAACGGCGACCCUUGCUUCUUCCACGACGCCAUCCCGGAUUAUCUGUUUUACGAGUCGCCGCCGUUGUACUUCCUCAACGAGUUUGUGUCGAAGCAAUACGCCUGGGUGUGGCUGCUUUGGCUGCUGUCGCAAACCUGGAUCACCUUGCACAUCUGGACGCCGAAAUGCGAGCGUCUCGCCGCCACAGAGAAGCUCUUCGUGGUGCCGAUGUACGACUCUUUGCUGAUCGAUCAGUCGAUGGGACUCAACAGGAGAAGAGACGAUCAGCCGGAAGUCAAAGUCGAAGAUUUAGCGGAAAUAGAAAAGGAGAAGGGUGAUGGGGACUAUGAGACGAUCUACGAGCAGACUGACGGCUCGACCACACCUCCGUCCGCGGUGAAAAGCAGCGAUCACGUAACCAGGAUUUACGCUUGCGCUACUAUGUGGCACGAGAAUAAGGAGGAGAUGAUGGAAUUCCUGAAGAGUAUCUUACGACUGGACGAGGAUCAGUGCGCGCGACGUGUCGCCCAGAAAUACCUGAGAGUCGUCGAUCCGGAUUACUACGAAUUCGAGACUCACAUAUUCUUCGACGACGCCUUCGAGCUGGCCGAUCACGACGAGAACGAGUCGCAGGUGAACCGGUUCGUAAAGCUACUGGUCGGCACGUUGGACGAAGCCGCGUCGGACGUGCACCAGACGAGGAUGCAUGUAAGAGCGCCGAAGAAGUAUCCGACUCCUUAUGGCGGUCGGUUGGUCUGGACUUUGCCCGGCAAGACGAAAAUGAUCGCUCAUCUGAAGGAUAAGAGCAAGAUCCGACACAGGAAGCGAUGGAGUCAGGUAAUGUACAUGUACUACCUGCUGGGACAUCGCCUGAUGGAAUUGCCGAUCAGUGUCGAUCGUAAGGAAGUGAUUGCCGAGAACACAUUCUUGCUGACGCUCGAUGGUGAUAUCGACUUCCAACCGGCCGCGGUGAAGCUCCUCGUGGACCUGAUGAAGAAGAAUAAGAAUCUGGGAGCCGCUUGCGGCCGUAUCCACCCGGUUGGUUCCGGGCCGAUGGUGUGGUACCAGAUGUUCGAAUAUGCGAUCGGUCAUUGGCUGCAGAAGGCCACCGAGCACAUGAUCGGCUGCGUACUCUGUAGUCCGGGAUGCUUCUCCCUGUUCAGAGGCAAAGCUCUGAUGGACGAUAACGUGAUGAAGAAAUACACGACCAGAUCCGAAGAAGCGAGACACUACGUGCAGUACGAUCAGGGCGAGGACCGUUGGCUAUGCACUCUGUUGUUGCAACGGGGUUACCGGGUGGAAUACUCAGCCGCAAGCGACGCUUACACUCACGCCCCGGAAGGAUUCAACGAGUUUUACAAUCAACGACGCCGCUGGGUGCCAUCCACCAUCGCGAACAUCAUGGACCUGCUGAUGGAUGCGAAGCGCACGAUCAAGAUCAACGACAACAUUUCGCUGCCUUACAUCUCCUAUCAGAUCCUGCUGAUGGGUGGCACCAUCUUAGGGCCCGGCACGAUCUUCCUUAUGUUGGUGGGUGCUUUCGUGGCAGCCUUCAAAAUCGACAACUGGACCAGCUUCUACUACAACAUUAUACCCAUCUUACUUUUCAUGAUCGUUUGUUUCACAUGUAAAGCCAACAUACAGCUUUUGUGCGCCCAAAUCCUGUCGACGGCGUACGCGAUGAUCAUGAUGGCGGUGAUCGUAGGUACGGCCUUGCAGCUCGGCGAAGACGGCAUAGGCUCGCCUUCGGCGAUCUUCCUCAUAUCCCUGUCGAGCUCGUUUUUCAUAGCAGCCUGCCUGCACCCGCAGGAGUUCUGGUGUAUCGUGCCCGGCAUUAUAUACCUGCUGUCCAUCCCGUCUAUGUACCUGCUCCUCAUACUCUACUCCAUCAUCAAUCUUAACGUUGUAUCCUGGGGCACCCGGGAGGUCCAAGUGAAAAAGACGAAGAAGGAACUCGAGCAGGAGAAACGGGAGGCCGAGGAGGCGAAGCGGAAGGCCAAGCAGAAGUCGCUUCUGGGCUUCCUGCAGAACGGCGCGGGCACCAACGACGAUGACCAAGGCUCCAUCGAGAUAUCGCUGGCGGGUCUGUUCAAGUGUUUGCUGUGCACCCAUGGCAAGCCGUCCGCCGAGAAGCAGCAGCUGGUGGCGAUCGCAGAAUCCCUGGAGCAUCUCGGAAAGCGGCUGGAAACGAUCGAGAGGGCAGUGGAUCCUCAUGGACACUCCGGCCGCAGGCGAGCCUCCUCCGUGGGUUCGCGGACCGCCGAUCAUUUGGACGCGAUCGGCGAGGAUCCCGCCGAGGACGACGACAGCAACAGCGAUACCGAAACGGUGGCCAGCCAAAAUACCGAGGGCAAUCGUGACGGCGGCAAUUUCCUCACGAGGCCGUACUGGCUGAACGACGAAGGCUUGAAGAAGGGCGAAGUGGACGUGCUGUCGAUGCAGGAAGAACAGUUCUGGAAGGAUUUACUGGACAAGUAUCUCUAUCCGAUCGACGAGGACAAAACCGAGAAGGCCCGCAUCGCCGGCGAUCUGAUCGAGCUGCGGAACAAGAGCGUGUUCGCCUUUUUAAUGUUCAAUGCCUUGUUCGUUCUGAUCGUAUUCUUGCUACAGCUGAACAAGGACCAGUUGCACGUCAUCUGGCCGCUCGGCGUCAAGACGAACAUCACCUACGUCGAGGAGACCUCGGAGGUGCACAUCACGAAGGAGUAUCUGCAACUCGAGCCGAUCGGUCUCGUGUUCGUUUUCUUCUUCGCGCUGAUAUUGGUCAUACAAUUCACCGCGAUGUUGUUCCACCGUUUCGGCACUCUGGCCCAUAUCCUGGCCAGCACGAGCUUAGACUGCUGCAAGAAGACCAAGGAUCUCUCGGAGGAAGCUUUGCUGUCAAAACACGCGGUGGAUAUAGUGAGAGACCUGCAGAGACUGGAAGGCAUAGAAGGCGACUAUGAUGAGGGCAGUGGUAGCGGACCCGGCAGACGAAAAACGAUCAGGAACUUGGAGAAGAGCCGCAGGAAUACGCAGGCGAUUAACACGCUCGAUGUGGCGUUCAGACAGCGCUUCUUCAGCAUGUCCGAAGGCGCGGGUCUGCCGAGGAACAUGUCGACCAGACGCACGACGGAGGCGUUCAAGGCCUUCGAGGGCAGGCGUAACAGCAUAAUGGCGAUGCGCAGGAAGUCGCAGAUGCAGACCCUGGGAGCGAACAAUAUCUACGGUGUGGCCGGCAACCCGCUCGGGAUCCAAGGCCGGCCGUCCAGGAGCAGUCAGAUCUCCGUGAAGGACGUGUUCGAGGGACACGCGGGACAUGUGAAUGCCGGCUACGAGGGCGAGGAUAGCCCCGGCAACAGUCUGAGGCUACAGAAUCUCGGCAAUCAAGUCACGUGGCGGGAGGCGAACUCCAACGUGUGAUCGCCUUCAUCCACUCCCGCGACCGAAUCCGACAAAUCGGCGGAUUGUCCACGCCAGUGAUCGAGCCAUUUUGUUCCCACGUAAUCGUCUUAAAUUCGUAUUUUUCUGUCGUGAUAGAGGAAGUCAGACAUUUAUACGCAAUUUCAUCGAAAGAGAGAUUGUAAAUUUUCGAGUCUUUAAUCGGAGUUCAGGGAACUCUCACGGAGAUGUAAGCCACGCGGAGCGUUCGAACUUGUCGCGCGUUCCCGAAGGACGACGCAGGCUAGCUGUUAGCGUUUUCCUUUUUCAUUAAAUGUUUCAUAAGUAGUCUCACUGAGAAAAGAAACACUCGCACGCUGUUCAUAUUAAGGAUAGUCCUACUGAAACGGCGCGAACUCCUCCGGUCAACCGACGCGAUCGUGUAAUCGCUCCGACGAGUUCGUGAAGUCUCUGACGUUAUCUUUGCUGUUAUCGCACAUUCCUCGUACACUUCUUCGCGUAUCUUACAUAUAGAACACACAUAGCGAUAUAUCUCUCCAUUGCUCUUUCUCUCCCCCUCAUCGUCCACGUUGUUUCCCCUCGGCUAUUCGAGUUUUGUAAAAAAUCCAAAUCUCGGGUCACGAUGUUCGUAAUGUGUUUUUUGUAUCGCCGCCGUCCGAUGAAUGGCGGUGACCGCGAUGAUUACGCUUAUUCUCGCUCCAUUAUGAUUAUUAUUAUUAUUUUUUGUAUUACGUAUGUGAUAAGGCCGAUAUUUAAAGUGAAUAAGUCGUGUAUGAACGUGUGAAUGUGUGUGCUGUGCAUUGCCGCGCGUAUGUGUAUUAUAAUAAUGUUGUCGAAACUUUUAAAAUAAACUUCAUACAAACGAG